UAUGUUCAUUCAGUAACAAUGGUAAAGUAGAAAGUAUUGCCAUAGAAACGUAUAAACUACUUAAUUGGUACAAAGUUAGAUAUUAGAGUAGUUUCAACAUUUAAAUCACAAAGAGAGAUUAAAAUGCCUAGGGAAGAGAUAGAUCCUUCAAGGGCUUUAAAAGCUUUAGCCCCACUGCCUAGACGCCCUCCGAGAUUCACACUUGAGGAAUGGCAUUUAACAAAUAUAUCGAGGUUCAAGGAUAUCCUCGCCCAACAGAAACUCGCGGACAGGAUGCUCACUGAAGCCGAACGGGUAAUCGACCUUACGACCGACAGUACUGUUAAAAACAAGCUAGAAGUUGAACACCAGCUUACUGUGAAAAUCCGCGAUAUCGAAUUUAAAGCUGAGCAGAUCCAGAGCCAGAAGAAGAACAUAGAUAUUGAGAUUGAAGCUUUAAAAACCUAUUCAAUAAGGCUUGAAGAUGCCCAGGCGAAUUUGGGUCACAAAGCUCUUGAGAUCUGCAAAAAAUGUAUUGUUCUCAGAGAAGGCAGAUUGGGUGUGGAUCUGUGUAUUGAUGAAGUCGAUCUUGCUCUUGCCAAUGAAAUGCAUGUUAUUAAAAAUGUCCAGGGGAUGAUGAUGAGACUCAGAGAACAGGUCAAGGAGCAGGUUCGCAGGCUGAGAGCUAUGAACUACUCUCUCAGCCGUGACUUAGAAGAUAAAAAUAAUGUAGUAAAUAUCGACAAGCAUAAUCUCACGCUCAAUGAAAAAAGCAUGUGCCUUUCUAUUUAUCACGGAUCAGCCCGUCUGGACCCAGCGUCGAUCACACAAGAUGAAUGGGAAGGGCAUACGAUAGACACUAUUGAAAAAGCUGGCAAAGAACUUAACGCUGGACGACCCCUGAGAGCUUACAUUGAUGUGAUCCUUCAGCAGAUCAUAGAGGAUUUGUGGAAGCAAUAUGACAUAGUAAACGCUGCUUUCGCACGGCGUAUAAGCGAAUACAGAGAGUUGAAAAUAAAGCUUGAAAAUUUACAUUUUGAGACGGUGAGACAAGUUAAUGAAAUGACGAUGAAAUUAACAUCUUUGAAAAAAGCUCUCGCAGAAAAGGAAGGAUUCAUGGCCUUGGCACACACUCGGCUCGGGAACAGAUGUCAACGCGUUAACUUUGAACUUUGCAGAGACGAAGCAGAAACUUAUCUUGUCAACGAAGUACAUCAACUUAAGGAUAAUGUUGGGAAACUUCAAAUGAUGAUUGAAGAGACGCAGGCUUCCCUACGUUAUCUUUUGAGGGCUCAAGUCCAGUUGGAAGAGGAUAUCAACGUGAAGACCAAUUCAUUAAAAAUUGAUGAAGUUGACUGCAUGUCGCUUCGAGCUGGAAUGGACUAUCAUGCGUACUAGGCCUUUACUGUGGAAAUUAGUAAAACAACAGCAACAAUUUUUUUUUAAACAUAUGUAUUGUUUAUUUCAUUGGAAACUUUUAAAAUAUAUUCUUAAAUUCGUA